CAAAUCGCGACUGCCACGUAUUAGUAUUUGUUAAUGCCUAUUGCAUGGCAGGCGGCGGGGCAGGAGGCGGGGCAGGCGGAGGCGGCGGGGCAGGCGGAGGCGGCGGGGCCGGCAGAGGCGGGGCCCCGGGGCGCGGUGCACGUGCUGUGGCACUACCACUUCUCCGCCUUCCGCCGAAAGCGCUGGGCUGCGUUCAUCCAGCGCGACCGCGCGCUCCACCGCGUCGCCAAGCAGCUCACGGGCGGCAGGCCCAAGGAGGAGGUGGUGGUGGGGUGGGGUUCGUGGGCCUUCCAGGGAGGGAAGGGCGGCUCCCCCAUCUCCGUCAGGGGCGGGCGCGCCGCCAAGCAUGUGUUCAUCAUCGAUGAAUACAAGACCUCCAAGAACCGCGACGUCUCCGCCGCCAACGUGAUCCGUGUGCUCCUCCUGCUGAAGCUGAUGGGCUUCGAGCAGCCGACCAAGCUGCAGCGGCCGCCAUGGCCGCCGGCGGCGGCGGGGCCGGGCUGAGAGCCUGAACGGCGCUAGCAGGGCGUGGGGCUGAGGGUGCACGUGUCGAUUGGCGGCGAGUGACGUGACUAGUUUGUUAGCUGCGGGUUAGCACGGACUGUGCACCCCACCCAACCGGCCACGUCCGGAUUUGCGGGGAUGCCAAAGGCCCCCAACAUAGAGGCGUGUGCUUAGUAGGCGCCCGCGUCAAGGUGGCUGGGUUGAUAACGACCCG